UAUAUCAAAUGUUGUAUAUCAUUAUUACUGUAACCCUGAUUAAAAGCUAUUAAGAAUGGUACGUGUAGUAAGAGAUAAUAGCUUGGUAGGCAACUAGCGAUACAAAUUGUUUAUAAUGAUUUCUUUGACGUUUCCAAAUCUAAUAAAAACGACCUUUUUAAAUAUCAGUAUCCUUAUCCUUAUAAAUUAUUUGGAAUGCUUGUAACACAGAAGCAUGGUUAGCUAGUAUUUCGUCUUUCGGAACAAUUAUAAAAAGAAUGCUUAGAUAGGGUUUCCUUAGUUAUCAAGCUAGCAUUGUUCUUCUUUUAAGAGUAUGCGCAGACAUAGGUUCAAUUAUUAGUGCUUUUUCUGCCGACACAGCUCCACGCUUAUGAUCAAGAUCGUCGACUGGUGUGUGUGACAUCGGGUCAAGAAAUACAGACUUGUGUUUUUAUUCAAAUUGGAUUUCAAGUUGUUAAUUCUCAUUUUAAUGAUGUACCUGGCAUAUUGCAUUCAUUCUGAAAGUGUACGUAAUCCAGUGUGAUCUCGUUUUCUCCAUUAUCUGGCGUAGUCUUCCUCAGAAGCCAUAAGUAUCUUGAAAAUCAGAUUCCGAUUAAUAGUAGCAGGGGGUCUCUCUUUAAGUUAUGUAUUUAUAGCUAGACGUGGUACUGUAGAUUACGUGCAUUUUGCAAAGAAGCAACUACUCACUAGUUCACUGGUUGCGGACGAUCGACCCAGUCUAGUUUCGCUACACUGUUCCCUCUUUUUUCUAAGUCUUUGCCCCGAAUACAACAUUAUUUGUUAUCCAGGUAAGACCAUUUCUUUGCCAAACAUUCACCCAGUACUUGAAAUAAGGUUUGGUCACAAGCACCAAAUGUAAAAGGAGUUGAACAAUGCACGACCAGUCCGGGGUUCGAAGCGGGGACCUUGCGAACUCUAGACGGACGCUAUACCAAUUGAGCUACCUGAUUCGGGUAUCUUGAAACAAGGGUUGGCCUCAGGCAUCGGAUGUUACGGGACACUGCACGGCCAGACUGGGUUCGAACCCAGAACGCCUGGCUUGGUCUUCUAAAUUUGUACUAUUUUACCAUAAAGCAAUGGAAAGAACAUGCAUUACGAUUAAUCCAUGGCCCCCCGCCUCUAGACAAAAUUUGGUAUCAUGUUGCCUAUAGUAAGGACUAGAACCGAUUUCAGUUUGUGAUGGUCCGCCAGCAUAAAAGGUACAGGUUCUCACACACAAAUUUUGCAAAUGGUAGGUGAAAGCAAAUACGAGAUGUGCUCGCACAAAGUGAAGCACGGUGGACAAAGGGGUGAUAACUCUGUAAAACGUGGGGCACGAGAACGGGUGGUAUUACGCAACACUUCACCAUCCCAAAAUUGUAUCCCACUCAUAUACAAAAUAUGCGAUAUUCCGGACAAAAUGCAUAUGCAGCAUGGCAACCAAGGGGUCAUAACUCUUUGAUGGCGAAGCACGAAACCCGAUUUUAGUAAUACAAUGAGGUACUCGCAUACAAUUUGGCAAUUGCAUGUGAAAGGGGAUAUGAGAUAUGCCCCGGACAAAGUGACGCACAGACAGACUGACUGACUGACCUACAAUUGUAUAGUCCCUUCCGGAAGUACUUGUAGGCGACUAAUAAGCACAGGCUUUAAGGAGAACAUCAGGCGUACAUGUAUUUUUAAUUCCAACUAUGCAAAGGUCCGAGUGUACAAAUAUAACGGAGGUAUAUAGUACAGGAUUUGAAUAUUACCUCACACCAUGAUACUGCCGCUCUAACCACAAGGCCACGUUACAAUCACACAUAUGCUAUACUGAUAUGGGUCACAACCGACUGAGUUAAAAAAAAGUGCCCUGUUGCAAUUGCGCUAUAGUUAUGUUACUUUCAAAUAGAAGAGUUGAACAUAAUUUCGAAAAUAUAUAAAUAUGAAAAACAACACUGAACAUUAAACACAGUCGAUGGACCAUGGAAUAUAGGUCACAUUCAGCAUCCGCAGCCAGAAUAAGAUGCAGGGUGUAAUCUCGGCACCAUGUCCAAGUAUGAAUGUACUAAAAGAGGAAAACCUAAUGAAGAAACUAAAACUAAACGCAGAGACGUAUAUAUUGCGUCUCUGAUAAACGGUAAUGUUUGACGUCGAUAAAACCGACGGGGUAAAAAUCCGGCUGUGAACGGGUAUUCCAAUUUUCCUCAUAGAGUAUCGAACCUCAAAAACCGAUAUAACUUACAGAACUUCUUUUUAGUGUCUAUAUACUAAUAUUAAGUAUAGAAAGUUAUUUUAACGUGCGUAUACAUGUACAGUGAAGUGUCAGAUGUCUUUCACGUGCUAACGUCAUUUUCUCAUUGAAUUUCAUGUCAAUUUACCUUUUUUCAGCAAAUGGAAAUUCAUGACGUCGUUUUUCGUCUCAUUUCGAUGAAAUUUGGCACAUAGAUUUACAGUUUCAUCCAGCAAUUCAACUGAUGAUAUAAAUUCUGUUAACCGUUCCUCUUGUUUUUAUCCAUGAUGAGUUAAUUUGCAAAAAAAACAAAACAUUUUACGGUAACACAGGUAUAUUUUUAAAUGUAAUCCAUGAGAAUGACAUCGAUAGUAACUUUUACUUCACAUGAAGAUUUAGAAUUUAAAGAAAGUUGUCUCAAUAUAACAUAUAAUCCUAUAAAUAAUUUCAACUGGACGAGUGUUUAAUUAUUCUUAACAAAUAUUCUCCUACAGUAGAAAUGUAUGGCUAUUAAAUUAACAUCGAAUUUCUGUGAUCCUCGAUGAACGUACAAAGGGAGACAACUCGUAUUGUCCACCAGAGGGUGUAAAUCUACUUCCGGAAAUAUUUACAUCAAUGGCCGUCAUGUUCACAUGACUUGCAUCUUAUUUUCUUGUCAGAGACUAAACAAGCUUGACUUUGCAUAUCGGUAAUACCUAAAACAUACCUCAGAGACUCCUCUAUGCAUAUACAAGUGCUAGGCCCCUAGGUGAUCAGCAGAUCUAGACCCAACCUUGUAUCUAUAGACGUCCUUCAUUACAAAGAUAUACGAUGCUGUAGUAUUAGGGGGGAUAACUGGUGAGGCAUGGAUGUUGACUCCUUCGGUGAGAGUGAUCUCCUCCUUUUAGAGAAUCACAUGGAUGGUGGAGCAAGGUCCUCGGGUAGUGGAGCUAACGGCACUGCAGACUCUCGGACAGAUAGACGACCGGACCAUGGUCAGCGCAGUGUGAGCAGCACUGACGAUGAACUGUUGGACAUUCGUACUGACCGCUUAGGAUCUGACCAUUACGAGACACUUGGCUACAUGAAUGCCGACUAUGAUGAAGAUGAGGAGGGGAAGUUUCAGACAAGUUCCACUAACAUCAUGGACACCCUAGAGGACCUUCCUCCUGGCAUCGGCCAGUACGAUGACUUCCACACCAUCGACUGGUUGCGAGACAUUGCCAGGGACCGCAUGCGACACCGCCAUAUUAUGAAGAAGAAACAGGAAGGGUUUCUGGAGAAGCUGAAGAGUGCCCACGACGCCUGGUCUGGCUGGGUGUGUGUGCUACUAGUGGGAGUGGCUGCGGGUGCUUGUGCUGGGGUGAUUGACAUAGGGGCUACAUGGAUGUCUGACCUUAAGGAGGGUGUAUGUCGGGAUGCCUUCUGGCUUCCUAAGGAACAGUGCUGCUGGUCUUCAAACAAUUCCUUUUUCAAUAAUAGUGGUUGUUCACAGUGGUAUUCGUGGGCGCGGUUAUUUGGAGCGGGUAAAGAUGAUAACAGCGGAGGUUCCUACAUUAUCUCAUACAUUGUGUACAUCUUAUGGGCCCUGCUGUUUGCCUUUCUCGCUGCCAUGUUUGUACGCAUGUUUGCCCCCUACGCAUGUGGGUCUGGUAUCCCAGAGAUUAAGACAAUCCUGAGUGGAUUCAUCAUCCGUGGAUACCUCGGCAAGUGGACGCUACUCACCAAAUCCAUAGGGAUGAUGCUGGGUGUGUCUGCAGGGCUCAGCCUCGGGAAGGAGGGACCUUUUGUCCAUGUGGCUUGUUGCUGUGGUAACAUCUUCUCGUAUCUAUUCCCAAAAUAUGGUAGCAACGAGGCAAAAAAGAGAGAGAUUCUGUCUGCAGCAUCAGCAGCAGGAGUAAGUGUAGCCUUCGGUGCUCCUAUCGGAGGGGUGCUCUUCAGUCUGGAGGAGGUGAGCUACUACUUCCCAUUGAAAACCUUGUGGAGAUCGUUCUUCUGUGCCCUGGCCGCAGCAUUCGUCCUUCGUUCCAUCAACCCAUUUGGGAACGACCACUUGGUGAUGUUUUAUGUGGAAUACAAUGAACCAUGGUAUCUCCAAGAGCUGAUUCCAUUCAUCUUCCUGGGAGCACUAGGGGGUGUGUUUGGGAGCUUUUUCAUCAAGAUGAAUAUAAGGUGGUGUAAAUUUAGGAAAUCAUCAAUAUUAGGAAAAUAUCCCAUUGUUGAGGUACUCGGGGUUGCAUUUAUCACAGCCUUACUGAGUUACCCUAACGAGUAUACAAGAAAAAACUCCAGUGAGCUGAUCCGUCAAUUGUUCAGCAGGUGUGGGCCCGAGGAUAAUACAGAAUUAUGUGAUUACAGAAGAAAUUACUCAUCAUCGAACGCGGCAUCGCCAACGUUUUACUCAUCAAGUACGGAGGCUGGAGAUGGAGUUUUCAAGGCUUUGUGGAUGUUAUCCAUAGCACUCAUAUUUAAAGGGAUCAUCACCAUCUUCACUUUUGGCAUCAAGAUACCUGCUGGUCUGUUCAUUCCAAGUAUGGCAGUGGGAGCUAUCGUUGGCCGGAUCGUUGGUAUCGGAGUGGAGCAAUUGGUUGUGAGAUAUCAUAAUAAUCCAUUUUUCCAUAACAUGUGUGUGUCAGACAACUUCUGUACGAUCACACCUGGACUGUACGCUAUGGUUGGAGCUGCAGCAGUGCUCGGGGGUGUGACCAGGAUGACCGUGUCCCUUGUGGUGAUAAUGUUUGAGCUGACAGGAGGUCUACAGUAUAUUGUACCGCUGAUGGCUGCCGUCCUCACCAGCAAGUGGGUAGGAGACUCCCUAGGGCGUGAAGGAAUCUAUGAUGCCCAUAUACACCUUAAUGGCUACCCCUACCUGGACAGUAAGGAGGAAUUCACCCACACGACUAUUGCCGCCGAUGUGAUGCGACCUCGACCCAAGAGCUCAGAAGGAGAUUCUGGAUACUGGCGCUAUGGCAUAGCAGUGGACCAACGUCCCAGGCUUAACAGGAAGCAAAGGAGUGACUCGGAGACACGACUUAUCAGUGACCCUCUACAGACUACGAGCAGACGGAACGAUCCUCCUCUCUGUGUGAUCACACAAGACACCAUGACACUGGAGGAGCUAGAAUCUACACUGAAAACGUCGGACCACAAUGGCUUCCCCGUGGUCGUGUCCCGCGAGUCGCAGUACCUCGUUGGAUUUGUCCUCCGCAGGGACGUCAACCUCGCUAUAGAGAAUUCGAGGAAGAACCAGGAGGGUAUAGUAUCCAGUUCCAUUGUGUACUUUUCCAGCCACGUUCCCAGUAACCUUAACGACCCAGCUCCUCUCAAAUUGAGGAAGAUCCUUGACCUGGCCCCCGUGACCAUUACAGACCAGACACCGAUGGAGACGGUCGUAGAGAUGUUCCGAAAACUUGGCUUGCGACAGACUCUGGUAACGCAUAACGGUCGUCUCUUAGGAAUUAUCACCAAAAAAGAUGUUCUUCGUCACGUUGCCCAACUACAAAACCAAGACCCAGAGUCCAUUUUGUUCAACUAGACCCAAGUGUAACUCAAACAAAUGACAUGGUGUUCCUCAUGCAGUGAUAUGGUUUCUCAUACGAUCGGUUGGACGACCAUAACCAAUCAUCUGUUGACAUGGUGUUACUUAGUGAUACAACUCCUACCAUUGGUUGGAAUACUGUAACCAAACUUUCUGUUAGAUAACAAAUUAAAUUUGAACAUCAAUUAAUUUGUUUGUUCAAUAUUGUACACAAGUAAUGUGCCACAAGGGCCGACACUGUAAACCCCUGACCUGUGUGUGUAUCUGGUUACUUACACCAGGGAGUUUUGAUACUUCUCUUUGAGUUGCGGGUUUAGACUCUACAGCUUUUGUCUUCUUACAUCUAAAGGAUCCACCACCAGGAGAUUGAUGUCUAUAGCCCAUAAUAUAUUAUAAAUUUUAUCCGCAAAUCUGAGAGAAACAGUAUCUCAAACUCUUUGUGAUGAUGAAUUCUAUGUAGAAGAUGAUGGAUCUGACUCUCACCAAGAAGGGCAGCCAUUUUUAUAGACCUAGGCCGUUUUCGGACCUAUUAACAUGAUAUGCUGCUUUCAGACGAGCCUUGACAAAGCCUUGCAAGGCCUUCAUAACAUUUGCAGGUCCGCAAAGAUUCAUACCAGAAAUUGUUUCAUUCAAAAAACAGACAAACCGGUUGUUCCGCAUAAACGAACAGGCCCCUAUAAUCAGACCAAGGGUCUGUCUCAAAGUUCCAUGGUCGGUUGUGUCGGUCGAUCAGUCUGAUGUGUUAUCAUGUGAAGAAUGAACAGAAAGCUCGUUAUGUUAGGUUCCUCCACCAAGGGAUAUAGCUAUGAAGUAAGAAAUGUCGAGACAAAGAAACAUUUUGAUGUUAAAACUAGCCAAAGUGUUGAUGUUUUAUGUUGUGGUGAAAGUGUGACCAACAAAUGUCGAGUGAAAGAGUACAGUGAUAGGAAUAUAUGUUUAGAUAAAAUGCAAUAAGCAUGUAUUUCAUCAAAUGACCAUAAUAAAUAUAUGCAUUUAGAGUAUUUAUCAAUGAUAUCUAGUGCUGGAAUGAAUGACUAGCAUGGUGUCAUAGUAAUAGGUACAACAUGAUAUGGAUGAAAGAUAUUUUUAAUAGCAUAAAAUUAAUCGAAAGCAAUGACAUGUGUUGGUUGACAGUGCUAUGCCAUUUUUGUGUGCAUUAUUUUAUUUUAUUUUCAAACUUUUCAUAAACAUUUGAAUAGAAAAUGUUUGGAAAAGUUCAUAAGUAAUAUAUAUCUUUACUGACGAAAGUAAUAUGAGGGAAUAAAACUAAAUUUACCAAAACGAUUGCAAAAGCUAAUUUUGUAAAAGAGUUAGUGCGGGACUUUAGCCCCGCAAAAUGAGCCUUAUCAUUUUGACAUAGCAGCAGUUAAAAUAUUGAAUUCUUCAUCAAACCGGCAAUAUGACAGUGAACAAAAUUUAUGAAACGCAUAAAAGACAUUAACUAGCUAGUUGUAGCUGAUGUAGGGGCAUUGUCAGACCCUCCCCUCCCAAUCAAGCAGGGCUGUACCAGAUAUAUAGCGGCCAAAAAUACCUGUACGAGACAUUGUUUUAAAUAGAGUAUAAGAUUGUGAUGAGCAUUAUAUUAAGAAUUUUGUGUGACAAACUGAUGAGCUUCGAGGUGCUUUAGUUAAUAUUUUAUCAUAUUUUCUCUCACAAGCUUCAGUAUCUAACUGCCCUGUAAGUCAUCUGUAUACCACAUACAGCUGUAUAUAUGUGUACUACAAAGGGGGUAUAUUUAACCCCAUCAAUUUUUCGUGUUUUUCUUCCUGGAACAAAUUUGAAGAGUUUUAAUUUCACAGAGCGAUGUGAAAGGUUAUACUCUAUGUUGAUAAGAUGUGCAACAAAUUCUGGGAUUUAUUUUCGUGUGUAUUUGUGCAGGCUGCAAUUACAGGAAAAAUAAAUCCACCAGGAAAAAGAGUUGCUAUGCUGGAAGUAAUACAUGUAUACAUGUAUACAGCUGUAUAUACCAUUGUGUAUAUCGUUUACGGGUUUACAUGCUCGGAGACACGGUUUGUUGUCGUCGUUUUAUUUCAUUGCAAUGAAAUAGUUGUACAAAAGUUGUCUAAAAAAAAACUUGUCAUGAUAAUGAAUUGUAUAUAUUACAAAAUCAUGUAUAAUUUAUUGAAGAGUUCCCCCUAUUGUAACAGUGGUAUUCUCCCUUAACAAGGAGUAAAAGUUCACCUAUGAAAAUUAUCUUUUUUUGAUAAUACAUGUAUUCCAGAAUGAGGUUUAUUUUGUUCAUAAUCAGGGUUGUAUAUUAGAUUUCCAUUUCGAGGCAAUAAAUCUAAAAUCCAACCUCCAACUCAUUCACCCCUGAAAUUUCAUAAUGGACUAUGCCAAUCUUUGAAUUGAAAGAGUUCAAAUGUGUCUUCAGGGGUGGAUGAGUUACCCCGGGUAAGCAAAUGGAUUUUGAGUAACCUUUGUGUAGUGCUUUAAUUAAUAAAAACAAUUACAUUAAGUGUCGUUGCAAGAGGUAUAUUUUGAUUGAUUUGUUGAAGUAAUACAAGUAUCAAAACCAGAUAGGGCCAUUUUACCAGAAUUUCAACCAAAGUCAUUACAAAGUAGCUUGUGUCUAGUCUUUAUAAGACCAAAUAGAUUCUAUAAAAUGUUUAGUGUGCGUUUCCUGUAGAUACUUAACUGUCUAUUGAUUUUUUAUAUUUUGUUGAGAACCAGUAGGAUGUUUUGUUUAGAUGUGUUCAGUCAUUUGGAUGUUUGACUCUGGGUGACUUAGACGUUUGUUUGUUCUAUAUAUACUAAUACAUAUAUAUGUCGGGUAAGAAAUGAGAGCGGAUGGUAUCUUUCUGUGUAGACGAAUUUUAUUAUCGAUUUUGUCAUUUCUAAAUCUGUUUUAUUUUUGUACUUGAUGAAGAUUCUGUAUCUGUUAUGGUACAGCUAUUAAGUUUUUUUCUGUGAUAUAUUUAAGACUUACUUGUAGAUUAUUGGUUGUUUGAAAUUGUUUAUGAAUUACGUUUUUAAAUUAUCAAGUUGCAAUUUAUUUUCAACGUGUAUGAAUUGUAUGACAACUUAUCCUUAGAUUAGUUUUGUUAACCAAGAAGAUAUUUUUCUUUCCAAGUGAUUGCAUGCCCCCUCUCUCUCUCUCUCUCUCUCUCUCUCUCUCUCUCUCUCUCUCUCAACAACUCUGAUGAAACUUGUACAACAUUUGAACAAGCCUUCAUUUGUUUUAAGAAAACAAUUAAAGUUUAUUAUAGAAAAAAACAGCAGAUACAAUUAAUGAAUAUUGAAGAAAAUACCUGAAUAUUCAGGUAUAUCAUUGACUCAGACAGCAAUCUAACCUAAUUCCAUUGGCAUAUGUAUACAUGUAUAUGAAAUCCUAGAAUUGAUGCUCAUAUAACUUCCUGCUCAGUGAUUCGUAUACAUGCGGACAUGUACAGUUACACAUUGGUUUCAUGAAAUCACUUACAUUGUACAUUAUGCAGUUAACAUGUAAUAUUCCAAAUUGUCAUAUACAUGUUUAUCCAAUUCCAUUGUCAUCAUUAUGACCUUGCAUGAUUUUCAUUGGUUGGUGAGUGUUUAUGACAAAUAAACCGCUGGUCACAUGACACGCAAUUGCAAACUGCCACGUUGAAAAUCGGCCCAAAUUCUAUUUUGUAGCAUAUUGGUUUAGUAUAUUGCUUGAUGUUUUUAGAUGGUAAAGAAAAAGAAUUCUGAAGAUGUGUUCCAUUUCCUUCUGGAAAUUCAAAACAAGUGUUCUACAAUACAUUUGAUCCUGCAUGACACAAAUGAUAAGUUCUGGAUUUGUUAUAUAAAUCUAAACGGUAAAGGAAGCUUGUUGUUGGUUUUUUUUAAUUGUAGUGUCAUCUCUGGCCAAUAUUUUAUCUAUUUAUAAUUACCAGGAAGCUAGAAUUUUUCGUUGUGCCUUUGUGACAUACGAAAUGUAGGCAUAUGUUAAUGCUGCUCUGUGCAAUGACUUACAAACAAAACAGAUCACGUUCAUUUCGAAGCUUGUGGAACAUUCCUGCGACCUUGUUAUUAUUGUUGUUAUAUUGUACAUUUGACUGGAUAUUGUUACCGUGAAUUUCCCUAAGAUCUGGUUUGUGUUUUUUCACUUUCAAAAUCACCUACACUGUACUUGCAAAUAAAAACAUGUCAUUAAAAUCUA